CUCGACGAAAUGCUGUGAUUCUAUUUAAGGCUGUGUGAAGUGAGGUGGUGUAGUUUUGUGAUAUGAAUUUUUGCUAGCUGGAAUAUUUUAAAAAGGUGAUUCGCCAAUGCAUCCUCCCCACGCCCUCCUAUGGCUGUCCCUCCUCACCGCCACCCUUUCCCUCCCCGAAUUCGACCGAAGCGCCCUCCUCCAGCAAGUCCUCAUCCCCGCCGAUGCCGCCCUCAACUCCGUUAUCUACCGCCUCCGCGCCUACGACCCCACCAUCGAGUACCCGCUGGUCUUCACCAUGGAGAACGACCCACGUACCGUCUCCCUCGACAGCCUGAACUGCACCCACUUGAACUCCAUUUGUCACGCAAACGUGGUACUACGGAAGAAGUUGGAACCUGGACGCUUCUACGACUUCACCGUGGCAGUCCAGAACCAGAGGGGCGACUCAGCCAGACUUAAUUGUUCGUUCAGAGCCACCAACGCCACUACUCCCAUUAGCGACAUUUUUCCUGGAGCCCCCACGCUCCUGAUGGUGUCUGAAGAUGCGCGCCGAAACACGGAGUUGGGGAGCAUCACGGCGAAGGGUCACCCCGACAAGAGAGACGGCGUGGUGAUGGAGCUCUGGGGGGGAACACAAUUCGGGCUCCACCAGAAACUAAUCAACAGUAGAGACGCCCAAGCCACCGUGGUACUUUUAGGGACGCUGGACUACGAAACGACCACCGUACACCAUCUAACCAUCUUGGCCAACGACCCAUGGACAAUUUCGUCUGAGGACACGCGAAAUAUCGCGUCGUGGCCCUUCCUCGUCGCUGUUAUCGACGUACAAGACACGCCCCCAGUCUUCACUCUGGCUCCACCCACGACCACUCUAAGCCCCGCCUUGUUACCAGGUGACCCGGUGCUGCGCGUGCACGCCGAAGACGGUGACCGGGGAAACCCGCGCGACAUCAGGUACGGACUAGUACCAGAAGGCAAUCCGUUCACCCCCUUCUUCAACAUCUCGGAGCAGACGGGCGAGCUCCGACUGGUGCGACCUUUAAGCGACAUAACCUCAAUUUCACACAGCGGGCAGCCGUUCUUGUUGACGGUGAUAGCCGAAGAGGUGCGGACUAACCCGAACGAACCACCGGCGCAGGCCUCCACGGUCACUCUAGCUUUGAUACCCCCAGGAGUUCGCACAGGUAGCCCGAUUUUUGGCGCCACGGAAUAUAGUACCCUUCUAGACGAAAACUCUCCACCUGGUACCGUCUUGGACUUGCCUCAGAGCGAAAUCGUGGCUCAAGGUAACCACGUGUCGUUGAGUCUGAGUGGCAACAAUGGUACCUUCGACGUGGUACCCACAGUAGUGGAAAACGACGGGAAGUUUGAAAUUAAAGUACGGGAUCCGACUCUCCUCGACUACGAAAAGUGGCACUCGGUUCAGUGUUACAUCGUGGCUAAAGAAAUCGGGGGCAAUUUCACUACGCGAGCUCGAUUGGAAGUACUACUCAAUGACGUUAACGACAACGGGCCUGUUUUUACCCAGACAGAGUACAGAGCGUCAAUUCCGGAGAACGCGGUGGCUGGAACGGUCGUGGUUAGGGUGGAGGCUACAGAUGUUGAUAGACCCCCAGGGAACAAAAUUCGCUACACCCGUCUGUCGGGUACGGGUAGUACCUUCUUCGACUUGGACCCGUCGAGUGGGGUUAUCACCGUACUAAACCCACUGGGUCUGGACGCUGAAGCCACCCCAGUGAUUACUUUCACGGCUGAAGCGGCCGACGAAGAUGGUCGUGGUACCACCAGCAGUACCAUCGUCACGGUCACUCUGAUCGACCUAAACGAUGAAAAACCCCAAUUUGAGAAAAACGUCUACGAGUUUAUUCUGAACCAAGAUAAGAGUGCCUUCACUACUCGAGCUUUCGUCAAAGCGAUUGACAAGGAUAUUUCGUCCCCGAACAACGAAGUUCGGUACGAACUUAUCAAGGACUUGGACGGGGUACGACUAGACGAAAGAAGCGGCGAAUUAGUGGUGACCCGAACUUGGUCUAAGAACCGGGUUGUUAGUACUGUUGCCAGAGCGUGGGACUUGGGAGUACCUCGAUUAUCAACUGAGUGCGAAAUUCGCAUCUACCCCCCUGAUGGUCAAUCCAGACGGAUGGUCUUCAUAGUUCCCGGAAAGCACCCAGACUUGGACGCUUUAAGAAAACAAUUGAGUGUGUUGACGGGUGCUAGGAUCACCAUUGAGGAAGUGAGACCGUACGUGGGGGACGAACCCGGAGCCAAAGAAGUCGGUAGUGGCUCUGGCACCGACAGAAGCGUCGUCGUGGUCACCGCUACCUACUCCGACGAUAUCAUCGAUGUCAACACAGUUCGCCAGGUUUUCGACGAAAAACACACCACCCAAAUCCAGAAAGCUUCUAAAACCACGGGCAACCUCUGGUGGCUCUUGAUUCUUCUGAUAGUACUAGCUCUUUUGUUAGCUCUUAUUCUGAUCUUGUGCUGUAUUUGUCAAGGUUGUCCUUUGUACGUCCCCCCCAAACGUCGCAAAGUGGUGUCAGCGGAAAUCAAAAAGGUAGUCCAAGGAGAGGGACUAGGCAAAGAGAGCAAAAGCGUCCAAGUGGCUGAAUGGUUCGGACGAAGAGAAGCCUGGACUCCUGAGCACGUCAUGGUAGACAACGAAGCCGAGUCUUUGCGCAGACACGAGCAAGAACGAGGUUCCGACAGAACAGAAGCUAGAAGAAAAUUGGAAAGAGAAGUAUCCAGGGACCAGUUGUACAUCCGUGAAGGGAACGCCGAUAUUCUUAGAUUGAUCACGCGAGGAAACGACAACGCCUACUACGUCACAGACAGCGGCAAAGACAUCCUAAUGAAACGAUUCAUAGAUCAGCAACAAGAAACCAGAAGCGUGAAUCUACCAAAUGCGGUGAGUCGUCUGCAGACAGAGCACGAACUCUUGGAGGCGUCUUUAAGACAACAGAACGCCCUCUUGAGACAAAUUCUGCAAGAAAGAGAAAGAGACUUAAGAUUGGAGACGCAGUCACUACCCGCAGGUACUCAAACGGACCAAGACCAAGAAACCCAAACCGAACCUCUCUUCUUACGACGAAAAGUCCGUUCUGACAAUGACGCGAGUGACGGGAGCGACGACGAAGUCGCUCUAAUUCGGGCAAGAGCAAGACGAAGAAGACCACACUUGAGGAAACUGAAGACCCCAAUCCAGGAAGAAUCAGAAGUGGAAGAAAAACCAACCAAAACUAGCGCGAAGCGCGUUAAUGUUCGACACACCAAAACUAGCGAACUCAGGCAGAAGAAAGCAUCCGCUAACACCAGAAACAUCAAGAAGGAAGUUCUAAGAGAGAUUUCGGCGUCGUUGGAGUACAGCAACUCCGACGAAGAUCGAAAAGAGGCGUACUUUUCUGAAGAUAGUUUAGAAGAAAUCAGUCCGCGAUCUGAGAAGACGACGGAUUCGAGUAGACUCAAGUACCACUCUGAGUCAGAUCUUCGACUACCGUCUCCCACUCCACGGAAAGAAGUUACGUCGCAGAGUCAAACCGAUCUUCGUGAAGACAAACCCCAGAAGAAGAAAUCGAAGCGGACUUCGAGGUACAUGGAGUGGUACAAAAAGCAACCGAAAGGGAGUAAGAGUGACGACACGAAGAGUUCGAAGGGGAAGAUUAGGAAAACGUCGAAAGAAAAGGAGGUUAAAGAAAGUGCGAAGAAAGUGUCGAGUCGGUUGUUGCAGGACACCGAAUCUAGCUCUAGGAAGAAAGUUGAACCCAAGAAGAACGUACCAGGGCCUGAGCACCCGCUUCUUCAGCACUCGGAGCACCGUUUCGAGGUUCAGUAUCCCAAAACGAAGAAACCUGAUGAAGAUAAAGAUACAGAUUCGGGGAUUGCGUUGGCCAGGCUUCCAAAAGCACAGAAGAAGAGCGUGUUUACGAUAGCUUACGACGACAUGCAUACGAGUCAGUUGAGGCCGGAUAGUACUAGUCCACCUGUGUAAUUUUCUGUCUAUUUUGUAUAUUUUCGUAAUUAAAAGAAUGUCCUCUGGUGUUAACCCACUAGAUCUUCGGUUCUAACCUAGAUCUACAUAACGACAAUAAAAAAAACAC